AUCUUUGAAAAUAUGUUUUGACAAUUUUUUGACACUUCGAACAAAAAUAAUUUUUUUCUUUUUAUAAAAUCUUAAUAUAAUGGCAACUAAAACCGUCGCUACAGCCACCGUGAGGGCUGUUAAAGGUAGGAGAAUUUUACCCACAAGAGCUGCGUUGGUGUUGACGCAAUCAGCUGUCAGUCGAGUUAAAGAAAUUUUAGAAGGAAAAGAUCGAUUCAUUGGCUUAAAGAUUGGAGUUCGUCAACGAGGAUGUAAUGGGUUAUCUUAUACUUUAGAUUAUGCAGAGAAAAAGGGUCCGAUGGAUGAAGAAGUCGUCCAGGAUGGGGUUAGAGUUAUUAUUGAUAAAAAGGCACAGCUAACUUUACUAGGAACAGAAAUGGAUUAUGUCCAAAAUAAACUUAGCUCUGAAUUUGUUUUUAACAAUCCCAAUAUAAAAGGCACUUGUGGAUGUGGCGAAUCUUUUAGCGUGUAAUAUGGAUCACCAGGAGGCUCUAGUCGUUUAAAAUAAAUUGAAAGUUGUAGAUAUUUA